AUCUGAGGCGCAAGAAGGUAUAUAAUCCCUACCCUGAUGAGGUCUGUCGAACAUCGACACGGUAGACAUUCCUCUCGAUUACAACUUGAACCAUGCAGCUCUCCCUUGUUUUCAGCACACUCGUGUCCUUUGUUGCUCUUGCUGCAGCUUAUCCUGCACCCAACGUUGAGGCGGGACGUGCUUCUUUAGACACGCGCGGAGAACAAGACAGCGACCUGUUCAAAUACGACGCAUAUGAUCAGAAGCGCUCGUUGGACACGCGCGGAGAACAAGACAGCGACCUGUUCAAAUACGACGCAUAUGAUCAGAAGCGCUCGUUGAACACUCGCGGAGAACAAGACAGCGACCUGUUCGCAUACGACUAUAAACCACCUAGCGAGCGCUCGUUGGACACUCGCGGAGAACAAGACAGUGACCUGUUCGCAUACGACUAUAAACCACCUAACGAGCGCUCAUUGGACACUCGCGGAGAACAAGACAGUGACCUGUUCGCAUACGACUAUAAACCACCUAGCGAGCGCUCAUUGUGAAAUUGGGAUGCGCCAGGAGUAAUCAUGUCUCCGGAAGAGGUGCUAUUCUCUCUCUCUCUCUCUCUCUCUCUCUCUCUCUCUUCUCUCUCUCUCUCUCUAGUGUUUGAGUCUAC